AUGGCUGAAAAAGACCUGAGUACCGACGAGGAAGUCGGCAACGACUCCCCUCCCCAGAAAUUCCCAGUAAAAUGGUACCGCUCAACCUUCUACAACGCCCUAAUCCUCGGAAUGUGCAACUUCCUCGCGCCCGGGAUCUGGGGCGCAAUGAACAGUCUGGGCGGCGGCGGCGCCGCAGAGCCCUACGUCGUAAACACCGCAAACGCACUCACCUUUUGCCUGAUGGUUCUGUCGUGCUUCUUCGGCAGCGUCGUCGUGCGCUUCAUCGGGAUUAAGUGGACCCUCAUCAUCGGGACCAUGGGGUACGCACCGUACGCCGCGGGGAUAUACACGCAGGUGCGGUAUGACUCCAACUGGUUGACGCUGUUCGGGGCCGCGCUGUGUGGACUUUCCGCGGGGAUCUUCUGGAUGGCGGAGAGUGCGAUUGCGCUCGCGUACCCGGAACCGGAGAACCAGGGCAAGUUCCUCGGGUUCUGGUUGAGUUUCCGCGUUGGAGGGCAGAUCGUCGGCGGGGCGAUUAAUCUCGGCGUGAACAUCAAUCGGUCCACGGCGGGGAGCGUGAGCUAUGUCGUGUACUACAUCUUCAUCGCGCUGCAGGUCCUCGGCCCCUUCUGUGGGUUGCUCCUUAGCCCCCCGGCAAAGGUCCAGCGCACCGACGGCGUCCCCGUGAAACUCGCCAUCGUGCAUGAUACGUGGUACGAGAUCAAGGCGAUGGCGCGGUUACUGGUGAGCAGGAACUUCCUCCUCAUCACGCCGCUCAUCUGGCAAGCGACCUUUGCGGAGGCUGUCUUCUUCACGUACAACUCGAUGUGGUUUAGUGUGCGUUCGAGAGCACUGGGCUCGUUUGUUUCGGGAAUCAUGGCGAUUGUCGCGGGGAAUCUGCUCGGCGCCUUCCUCGACAGCAAGCUUGCGCUCAAGUUGCGGAGUCGCGCGGGAUUCGCGCUUAUCCUCGCCCUGCAGGGCGCGUGGUGGCUUUGGGGCACGAUCAUCGUUACGGAUUUCCACUCCCGCGAGACGAGCCCAACAUUCGAUUGGGAGGACCCAGGGUUCGGAAGGGGAUUUCCGCUGUAUUUGUUCUGGGUUGUGGGGUUUCAGUUGAAUUAUAUGUUCCUGUACUUUAUCGUCGGCAACCUCGCCCGCGACGAAGAGGAAGUCGUCCGCUUCGCCUCCCUCCUUCGUGGCAUGGAGUCUGCGUCGCAGGCUGUUUCGUACGGCCUAAGCAGCGUCUCCAUCAUGGCCUCCGUCGGCAGCAUCUACAUGAACUUCGGGUUGUGGGCCAUAGCGCUGUACCCGGCCUGGUUGGUGAUUCGCGAGAUUGGGGUUUCGCUGGGGGAUAAGAAGGUUGAGAGGGAGAGGGAGAGGGAGAGGAGGGUGGCGGUUGAGAAUUAG